AAUAACUGCAAACGUUGUUCUUUGGUAGAGGGCUAAAUGCACUCAGAGGAUCAGAUCACAAUUUGAUCAUCAGGAUAUUACUCACACUUAUUCAUGGCCACGGCAUCUCGAUCCUAAUUCGCUCAGACUUCGAAUCUUCUCCAGCCUGCAAAAGCUUGUUUACCGAAAGCGGACUAGUCUAUGAGCCUCCUAACAGCCAGGUGUCGAGACCAAUUCCGAACUCGACACUAUUGGCGAUCGCAUUCACAUCGAUCUCAAUCCGACGGAACAACAUCCCCAGACAAAGUACAAACACACGACGAAUACUCCCACCCGAUCAUCAUCCAUUAUGGCUGAACAAGCUCUUGAUCAGAUUCGAGACGUCUUCGAUGGCCAAAUUGACUUUGAAGGACAGAAGCUCGCCGAGCUCCUUGCUACAGUUCUCCUUGUCAUUUCUGGCCUGAUCUCCUUCGUUGUCGGCUACAUCCUCCAAGAUAUCAAGCUCGCGGUCUACCUAGGUCUAGGAGGCACGGCGUUAACCUUCCUCGUCGUGGUGCCGGCCUGGCCCUUUUACAACAAACAUCCCGUCAAGUGGCUUCCAGCGGGGUACGCAUACGAUCUUGCAAGCAAAGGAAAUCAAUAGAUUGUAUACCGUGCACUGGGCCUCGCUGUGUCAUGACCUCUACAGCCUAUCGAAGCUGAUUAUGACACCUUUAUA